AUGAAGAAGAAAGAAGAAUUCUUUAGCGACUUCAAUUUCGGUCCGUCAAAUUACGCGGUUAAUUCCAGUCCAACAAUGAUCAACGGCUUAGAUUUCACCAGCACCAACGAUGCUGAUGAUGAUGAUUGGGGAGAUUUCAAUUUUGUCAGCAGCAAUCCCAGUGGAUUCAGCCACACCUUAUCAUUGCCCAAAAUCUCAAAUACCCAAUUUGAAUUCUCUUCCAAAAAUCAAAAUUCGGCCGAGUCACUGGCUCAGCCUGGAUCGGCGCCGAGUCGAGUUAAUAAUUUGGUUCAGUGGGAGAAGCCAAAAGGAGCUUUGCCUCUUUCGUUAUUUGGAGAAAUUGAAGAAGAAGAAGAAGAAGAACAGGUGGAAGGAUCAGGUGCGGGCGAACCUACAAAAAAUGGAACUUUUGAUUUUUUGAAACAUAAAGAGGGAUCAGGAGGUGUUAAUGUAAGUGAUUUGAUAGCUAAUUUAGAUAAAGAUAAGGAAAGGAAUAAUGGGUUCGGAUCCCAUUUUAAGGGAUCGGAUUUGAAUUGGGGAAAUUUGAAUGGUAAUGGAUUGAGUGUGAAUGGUUUAAAUAAGGAGGAAUUUGAUUCAAACGGGUUGGAUUUGGGUUUGAAUGAAAAUGGGUUGAAUUCGAAUAAAAUCGAAUGGCAUUUGGUUCAAAAAGAUGGGAAUUUGAGUGGAAAUGGAGUGGAUUUGGGUUUGAUUAAUGGUAAUGAGCCAUUUGAUGCUAAUUGUGGCGUUGAUGACGAUGAUGAUGGGUGGGAAUUCAAAGGUGCAGACACUAAAACUGAUGUGGAAGUUCAGAUUUCUAAGGCUAGUGAAAUCAAGACUGAGAAUGGGUUGGUGUCUAAUGUUAAUGGAUUAAAUUUAAAUUGGAAUCCUUUGAGCUUGGAUUUGGAUGGGUGGACCUCACAUGUUAAUGGAGAUGAUUCUACUAGGGAUUUGUUGAAUAUGGGUAUAGAUGAUGGAAAUACAGCACUCGGUAACAGUGAUGGGUGGGAAUUCAAAGAAACAGGUUCCAGAAUGCAGGCUGGAGAUGAGGAAUAUAAGGGUGAGCAGACGAAGACUGAAAUCAAGCCAAGAUUGAGUUUUAAUGGAUCCAUUUCUAUGUGGAAUUCAUUGAGUUUGGAUGGGCACAAGAAUUCAAACUCAAAUUCUGUGAAUUCAGAUAAAAAACAGAUGAAUCUGGAUUCACUUGAUGAAAAUGAGGAUUUUGGUGGUGAUGAUGAGUGGGAAUUCAAGGCAGCAGAAUCAGAAUCUGGGACUGGAGACAAGAAUGCUAAGGGUGAUGAGAGAAAGGUGGAAACUUCUGAGGGAGCCACAUAUACACUUGGGUUUGGCAGUGGAGUGCUCGGUGCUGGUGAUUUAUUUGGUGCAUCACAACAGACCUCUCAAAAAUCCACUGAAUGGGACUUUGGAUUACAUUUCAGCCCCUCUUUGGCUCAAGACAAUAUGUUGUCCCAUACAUACUCUAAAAAUGAGCAGAAUGAUACCAAAAAAGGCUUGCAUUCCUCCCCAGAUGAUGGAGUUGAUGCUGAUGAAGAGUCUUGGGUGUUUAAAGAUGCAUUUUUGGAAACUGGAUCAAAGGAUAAGGAAGAGCCGAAGGGUGUUGAAGUUUCUACUGCUGUGGAAGCAUUUCCAUUUGAUGGUGAAAUUAAGGGAAACAUGACCAGGUCAAUCAGUCAUAAAGUAGCCCUGCCCUUGUCCAUUUUUGGUGAUGAAGAAGAGGAUUCCAAUGAUCCUGUGCGUUAUCAAGACAUUUCACCUCAGCUGCUGAGUUCCAAGCCAAUAGAUGGAAUUAAGAGCCCUCAUUCAAACAUUUCUAUUGAUGAUCUUAUAUCAAGUUUAUACAGUCAACCUGAGCAGAAUACUGCUGUUAAUCAUGGCCAAAAUCCCAGUGGAAAUGGAUUGAGCACCACUAAUGCUGUAAUAGAGUCUAAUUUAGCAGGUGAUGGUGAUGAUUUUGAUGAUGAUUCCUGGGAAUUUAAAGAUGCCUCUUCAGGGACCAGAGCUGAAGAUCAGUCCUCGUUUGUUGGUCUUGGAGAGCCUAAUACAAAAUAUUCCACCAAAAUAGAGCUUGAUGACUAUAUGGAUUUCUUUUACAAAUUGAAGGAAGAAUUGCACUUUCUUGCCCUAUCUCAUCUUGAUAAUCUAAAGAAAGCUCAAACUGCUUCUAGUGAAGAUGCUGAAGUAAAGGCCCUUGAAAAGGAAAUACAGAAUAUUCAUGACGAGAUGCGCCAAGAUGGUUUGGUUUCUGGUGAAGUUGACUCAGGGAAUCACAGCCCAAGAAAAUUGUGCCUCGGUGAAUAUGCUGAGAUUUUGCAAGAACCAAAGUUCCAAAUCUUUGAAUCAGAAUAUCGGUUAUCAAAUAAAUUGUCAUUAGCAGAGAAUGAUCUGAGAUUGACAAUGGAACUCCUCAAACAUGUGGCAUCAACAAUAAAGAUUUUGACCUUGGUAUCAAGGGAGGAGCAAUCUAGUUAUGUUUCCACAUGGUCUGAAAUCCUGUCUGUUUGUGCUCGAGAGCUGAAACAUGGUGCCUUAAUUUGGAUGCAGUCAUUACAAAAAGAUGUCCAUGAUCAAAUAUUAUCUAAACCUCAAGGCAAGAACUAUAUCAUUGCCCUUGGAGAAAUAUAUAGAGUUAUUGAAGUUAUUGGGUCCUCAGCCAGACUCUAUAAGCCAUGGUUGUUGGUGAAUUCUACAGAAUCCAUGGGCUUGUUCACUCUUCUAAGUGAGUGUUUCACCAUAUGGUCAAGUUCUGGACUUGAAGAAGCUCUGCAAAGCAUUUCUGAUCCAGCUGGUCCUGAUUAUAAUGGAGGUCUUACUACAUUAAUAGAGUCGAUUAAGUACAUUCACAAUCUUGAUGCUCGCACGCUAUAUAACCAUGUUUUCUGUGGACAAGGUCCUAUCUGUCGACUGUCCGUUUUAACUGCAGGAACAGUGCCAGGAUGGGAGGACAAGUUGGAAAUGUUCACUGGCAGCUUUUUGGCCGAGGCUGUAAUUUAUUCAACUGUUUCUUAUUCAACUGUUUCAUUCAUGAUGAGGCUUCUAGAGCAUAAGCCACAGUUGCACUGUCACAAGGAUGCUGCUCGGGGAAGAAUUUAG